AUGACUUCUGAAUCUUCUCGUGGUGACGAUGAUCCGAAGUUCGAGGCCCAAGAGGCGGAUGCCAUGCGGAAAUUGGCGUUUUUUGGAAUCGCAAUUUCUACCGUCGCCACACUGACAGCUAUCAUGGCGGUGCCAAUGCUCUAUAAUUAUAUGCAACAUGUGCAGUCGGCGUUACAGUCAGAGGUGGAUUUCUGCCGUCACCGGACAAAUGGCCUGUGGGAUGAGUAUAAUAAGUUCGAGACAGUAGCCGGCGUGCGUGGCCGUAUCAAACGUGCCGCCUAUCAGAAAUCCAAUGGAGUCACCGGACGUCUCGCCCAUCGUCGUCGUGCAGUGGCUCGCGGCGCCUCCAGUUAUGACAGUGGUUACGGUGAUGAAAAUCCAGUCGGUGGAGGUGGUGGAGGUACUCCCGCCUGCUGUUCGUGUGGUGUCGGUCCACCAGGACCCCCUGGUCAACCAGGAAUCGACGGCACCCCUGGCAACGAUGGAUCCGCUGGAAAUCCGGGGACACCCGGUCAAGAUGCUAUUGGAGAUGAGUCGCCGACUGCCGCAGACUUCUGUUUCGACUGUCCAACAGGUCCGCCAGGACCCCCAGGACGUCCUGGACCGAAAGGACCUAACGGGGAGCCAGGAGCUCCGGGGACACCUGGAGGGAACGCGUUACCAGGGCCACCAGGGCCUCCAGGACCCCAAGGACCUCCAGGAGCCGACGGGUUACCGGGUAAUCCUGGAGCCCCUGGUGCUCCUGGACAAGUUAUCGAAGUGCCUGGUACGCCCGGACCCGCGGGACCACCAGGACCGCCUGGACCAAUUGGAGCACCUGGACAACCUGGAGCACCAGGAAGCUCACAACCUGGACCACAAGGACCGCCUGGCGACCCGGGAAUCGAUGGAGCCGCAGGAAAUCCGGGAUCACCGGGAGAGCCGGGGCCGCCGGGACAACCCGGAGCAGGCGGAGGAUGCGAUCAUUGUCCGCCGCCGAGAACUGCGCCUGGAUAUUAA